AGGGGCGUGGAUGGGUUGAGGGGUCAUCGGAGGGGAAAGGCGUGGAUGGGUUGAGGGGUCAUCGGAGGGAGGCUGUCGGAGGGGAAAGGCGUGGAUGGGUUGAGGGGUCAUCGGAGGGAGGCUGUCGGAGGGGAAAGGCGUAGAUGGUCUCUGGAGCAAGUCCAGGGGCAGACGGGCAGCACGGUGUCAUCGAGGUGGUGCAAAACUCCACCUAUCAGAGGGCACGGUGGAGCUGUUACCAUAUGGCUUGUACCUAUCCAAUCCUUUCCUAUCUAGAGUAGGGAAUAGGGGUCAAGGUUUUUGGUUUAGGAUUCUGUUUAGUGCUCCCAUUCUUCGGCUUCGUCCCAAUUCUCUUCCUUGCUCACAUAGUGUGUCCACUUGGCUUGCACACUCCCUGUGGUAGAUUUAAAAGCAUGGGAUUGGUAUAAGCAUUGGCUGGAGGGGGAAGUUUCCAGCAUUGCUAAGUCCACGCAACAACAACAAAACGUGUGCAAGUGCACACUUCAGGAGAGGGGGAAAAGGUUGUUGGUGGUUUGGGACGUGGCCUUCAAGCUCUCAUUGACGGAUGACAAGGCCUGUGGGAUGACAAGGCCUGCGGGAUGACAAGGCCUGUGGGAUGUGUCCCAAAUGGAACCUUUCUCCUUCUAUAGUGCACUACUCUAGAGCCCUGGUCAGGAAUAGGGUGUUUAGGGAAGAGGAAGAGGGCUCUGGUCAAACGAAGUGGUCUAUGUAGGGAAUAGGGUGUCUGUUUAGGGAAGAGGAAGAGGACUCUGGUCAGAGGAAGUGGCCAAAGGACCAUUUUACUAUUAUGAUGAUGAUGAUGAUGACUGUACAAGGUUUGCUUUACUGUUUGUGCUCAGUUCUAAUCCUUGUGGUUUUGGUUAUUUCCUAAUGGCAGGUCAAGCAAUAAAACAAAUACAUUCUAACAAAGUGUGUCAACUGUGGUUAUUGAUGGUUUGUUUGAGGUGUGUCUCGUUCUCUCUGUGUGUAUGUCCAUUCUGAAGUCCUUCAUCACCAGAACUCUGCACAAUAGUCACUACAGAGGAACCCACUGGACACAUGUCAUAUGUCCCAAAUUGUCCCUUAAUCCCUAUGUGUGCACUACUUUUGACCACAACCCAUUGGACCCGUAGUGUACAACAUAGGGAAUAGGGUGUGAUUUGGGAAGAACACAUUGUCAUUUACAGAGUUCAACUGCUGUCGGGGGGAAAAAACAACGUUCCCUUUAAACACGUUCGGUCUUUUCCGGGAGAUUCCGCCGGGAUUCGACACUGCCUCCCUCCGCUACUGCAGCCUGGUCGCGAGGAGCUGUACCAAUUCACUUAUUAUUAGCGAUAUCAGAAAUGAUAAACCAUUUGCCAUUUUAAAACCAGGGAAUAGUCCGUCGUUGGAUACCACCACCCUCUGAAAAAAUGCAGGCCAUCAAAUGCGUCGUGGUGGGCGAUGGAGCGGUGGGAAAGACAUGUCUUCUCAUCAGCUAUACCACCAAUGCCUUCCCUGGAGAAUACAUCCCCACAGUGUUUGACAACUACUCUGCCAAUGUAAUGGUCGAUGGGAAACCAGUGAAUCUGGGACUGUGGGAUACUGCAGGACAGGAGGACUACGACAGGCUCAGACCACUGUCCUAUCCACAGACGGACGUGUUCCUGACAUGCUUCUCUCUGGUGAGCCCUGCCUCCUUUGAGAACGUCAGAGCGAAGUGGUACCCGGAAGUGCGUCACCACUGCCCCAACACCCCCAUUAUCCUGGUGGGCACGAAGCUGGACCUGAGGGACGACAAGGACACUAUUGAGAGGCUGAGGGACAAGAAGUUGUCCCCAAUCACCUACCCUCAGGGCCUGGCCAUGGCACGGGAGAUAGGUGCGGUGAAGUACCUGGAGUGCUCAGCCCUGACCCAGAGGGGGCUGAAGACGGUUUUCGACGAGGCCAUCCGGGCCGUCCUGUGCCCGCCACCAAUCAAAAAGAGGCGCAAGAAGUGCACCCUCUUCUGAGAGGGGGGGCGAGGAGGAGGGGGCCUGCAAGAAAUUAAAACUGAAUCUACUGCUAAUCUAUCGCUGUCAGUGUCUCAAAUACUACCCUAGUCCCCCUUUAACACUGGCCAAAAGUAGUGCACUAUGUAGGGAAUAGGGUUGUUGUUUGAAAAGGAGCAGAAGUGCACUAUGUAGGGA